AGGCUCUCCGCAGGCGUAUGGAGGCGCGCCUGACGCUGGUGCUGCGCUGCUGUCCUUCCGAGCCCGCGCUGCUGGCUGCUGCGCUGCCUGCGAGGGUGCACCCUGUGCUGCUGCUGCUGCUGUAUACCAAGGUGCCAGCGAUCCAACAACUCCUCUGGUCGAGCGAGUCCCGCCGGCCGGCGUGGUGCGGCGUGGGCUCUGCCCUAGGCGACGCGCCCGGCGUGCGCGCGGCGGCGGCGGCGUGCACCAGCGCGACGGACCGCGUGGCGCACACGCUGCUCACCGCGCUGGCGCACCAGCCGCACCACGGGAAGGAGCACGCGCACAAGUCAGUCGAAACUUAUGUAAAGCCUGGUCCGUGAGCACGUAGAAUCACAGAAUAAGUAAUAGUACAGGUACAGAAGGAUUACUCCGCAAGACGAUUUAAAUAAAUGCGAGUCUUGCUGCGACGCGAUACAGUGGAAUUCAGCUCGCAUAGCACUA